CCAUUCCAUGCUUCCACCCUAGUCCUCGUACUUUGUCGCCACUCCAGUGUCUGAUCUCUUCGCCGGUCGAUCGAGAGAAAACAGAUUUUUAUUUUGUGGCGUGGACUUGUUUUGGUGGAUGGCAUCGAAACUGCAUCAGCUUCGAUCUAAGGCUGUCCAAGCCUCGGAGUUUGUGGCUAAGCACGGAUGCGCAUACUAUAAGGAGCUUUUGGAGAAGAACAAGCAGCAUAUUGUUCAACCACCAACCGUCGAGAAGUGCCAAGAGCUCUCAAAACAGCUCUUUUACACACGGCUUGCAAGCAUCCCUGGUCGUUAUGAAUCAUUUUGGAAGGAGCUUGAUGGUGUGAAGCACAUAUGGAGAAACAGAGAGGAUCUCAAAAUUGAGGAUGCUGGCAUUGCAGCAUUAUUUGGGCUCGAGUUGUAUGCAUGGUUCUGUGUUGGUGAGAUAGUUGGAAGAGGAUUCACUUUCACUGGCUACUAUGUCUGAGACCCCUGUUGGCUGUUGGAUAAUGAGUUCUUCAAUGUCAGUUUUGAUUUUUGCCCAUGGAUUCCUUAAGCUAGUAGUCGGUGACACAAAUGUUAGUCCCUGAAUAGCUUGCUGUUUUGUUUUCCUUCUGAGUUCUCGAGUACUCUUGCACUUCUUUAUCCCUGUGCGAGAUGAUCAGUUUGUAUAAACUAGAUGGCAAACCGUAUCUCCAAGCUGUUUCAGUGAAUCAAGUUCAUGUUUGUCAUUCAA